AUUCGUAACAAGAUGAAAGUUCAGAUAUUUGUGGUUGUUUUUGUAGUGUUCUCUCUCUACGAGCUGGUUCUGUCGCAGAGUGCUGCAGAUUUGGCUGCCUACAAGGAGAAGCAACAGGCAUGCAUCAAGGAGCUGAAGAUUCCCGACGCGGAGGCCGCACAAAUCGCAGCCGAAAAAGAGGUGGCCAAUGCCUCUGAGGCAUACAAGUGCUAUCACAAUUGCCUAUACCAGAAAAUGGGCCUGGUGACAGCCGACGGUAAACCCAACAACGAGAACAUACUGAAAUUUAGCCAGAUACGUUUCAACAAAGCACCGCUGGACAAGAUCAAGACCCAGUUGGCCAGCUGUGGCACGAACGUUGCAAAGUCCGCCAACAACUGCGAUUUUGUCUACAACUUUGAGCAGUGCAUGGCAAAGGCACUUAAGGCUUGAAGGGCAAGGCUUCAAGGGGCAAACGCUGCACUUUGCAUAAAUGAUAAGCGAACAGCGGCAAUCACGCAGUGAAAUCCGUUAAAUAAUAAAGUUAUUUUACAAUAUUAA